UGAAUGUAAACGUAAAACCGAGACGUGGAUUUGAUGUGAUAAUAUCAAAUAAGGAAAGCUUAAAACAAAAAAGGAAAAAAGAAAAAACUUUUGAAAAAUGAGAGAAUUCAUUGGAUUGUAAAAUUGUUUUUUACCACGAAGAAAUAUUUCAUAAAAGCAUUAAAGAUGUACUGAGUGAAUAUAAUCAACAUUAAAGAAGAAGUGAAUUUAAUUAACACUAUUCAGAAUAUUUCAUGAGAUCCCUGUUAGAGACAACAAGAAAAAGUGACAUAAAGAUCAAUGUUUGUUGAAGGAGAUUCUGAUUUCAAUAUUGGAUACAGAAACUUGUCGAAACGCUCAAGGCUGAAACAUAUGUACACAUGAAACACAAGUCAUGAAAAUGAUAAAAUCUUAAUUCUCUGACAUUAUUCUAAGAACCUAAAUAAAUUUGUGAACAAAGAAAAAAAAUAGAAACUUAACAGAAACAAUAAGCAACACUUCUUCAU